GUGGAGCUAGGUUUGCCGAAUUGGAGAGCCAAACGCGGCUUUUUAGGAAUUACAGAAAGUCUCUUUUUUUCUUCUCGGUCUCCCUUCCUCUGCUUCUAAUUUCCUCUGUUAACGGAAAUGGCGGCUUCGUCUCGAAGAUCGAGCGGACCGGUACUCAGAUCUCCCCCUCCUUCGGGAAAAUUCUACCAUACGUCGCCGUCUUCUUCUUCUUCGUCAGCUUUUGCUUCGUCCAGUUCGACGUUUUCGUCCCGCUCUACAACAUUCCUCCGGCGACCCACUUCUCCGACGCGCGUCAACCUAUACGGCUCAGCUCAUUCGUCCCCGUCCGUACGGUUCUCUCUCGACCGUUCUCCUUCGCCGAGACGCUCGAUCUCCGUGUCGGCUCGAGACCAGGUGGUGAAGAAGAGUCCGAAACGUGCGUGUAUGUGCUCGCCGACGACUCAUCCAGGGUCUUUCCGCUGUAGCUUGCACAAGAACAUGAACAACCAAGCCGGGUCGUUCCCGUCGAACCGGCUCAACGCUCGGAGGUCCGCGAUGACGAACUCGCUGGUCCGGAUCGGGACCGUUGAAGGCGAUCUGGUGAAGCGAGCCUUGGCGGCUUUGAUUCGGCCUUCGUCUCACCAGCAGCGGCGGCGCGGCGCGUUCCAGCCGAGGCCGAGCCGUCUCUCCGUGAUGUCCAAGGUUGAUGUCCAGACGAUGGUAUUGAACCGUACAUUCGUUCGUAUACUUGAGCGUAUAUGCGUCUCACCUCCUCGGUGGUAUACGUAUUCGUUUGCUUGGAGGUGUUUCGUCUUCGGCUGGAGCGGAAUUUGGACUCGUAAAAAUGUUCAAAUCGACUUUGGGAACAAUAUGGAAUAAUUGAUUUUUAAAGAGAAUGGACCACAUUUUUGAAAGAAAGCCACUUUUGACCAAGGAGGGGAGGGGGAGGCACCAAUCAAAUGAUAACGAAAUUCAAAUAACUAAUAAUGAUACAAAGGGUUCCAAGAUUUUUUAAAACAAGUACCAGCGGUUAUGGGACCCCUAAUGUGAAUUAGAAAUAAAAGAUUUGGUUCAACCAACUUGAAGAUUCCAUUAAAUAACUGGACCCCUGCAUUAUAAGAGAUAUAUAUUUUUCUUAGAUGUUAUAUUCUACGUAAAUUAAUUGUAAAGUUAAAAAUUAGAAAAUUAUUGCAAAGUUGUGUUGGACUUGGACACGUAUAACAUGGAUUGUAGUGAAAAAUAAACUCACGGAGGGUGGGGCGGGACGAAUAGGCGGGCUACAGGUAUUGGGUGUGGGUCACUUGUGACUACUGGCAGUGAAACGGGUAUGUCGGUUAGUGACGGUCGUCGAUCGGUUUGAAUUUGAACACUAAAGGAAGGACACGAGAAAAAGAGGAGAAGGAUGAAGAGGCAGGGCCCCAAGGGUUCGGGUUUUUCUGGGAAUUGAGGCGCCAGGAGGAGAUUAAGGAGAGAAGAAAAAUUAUUAUUUAUUAAUAUGUAAUAUGAUUUCUUAUUAUAGGUAAUAAUUAUUUAAAUAUGUUGACUCAA